UUUGGAUUUUUUUUCAAUUUAUUCUUUAUUCCAGAUUUAGUUCUAAUUUAUCCUAUAUAGAAUCAUAAAUCACUCGACAAAUUUCAUUUCUAUAAUACUUUCGUGGAGAACAUUUGUCCUGCUGCCAUUACAUUUCAAAAGUAUUUGCGUUGACACUGUUUGCAGAAGAAUCAUAUUUUUUAUUUCGGUAUUUGGUAUAAAUAAGUGAGAGGGAAACUUCAGCAAUGGGCAAAGAAACAAAACCUGAAUCGGAGAAGUCGACCACAGGAGAGAGCAUUGAUGAAGAAGUCAAGAAGAAGAAGAAAACCAAGAAGCACAAGAAAAGGAAAAGAGAAGACAAUGGUGAUGAAAAAGGAUACAAAAAGAAGAAAAAGUCCAAAAAGGAAAAACACAAAAGCCCCAAACCCGAGCCCGAAAGCGAGACCUCUCUCUCAGACGUUGAGGAACUGAUCAAAAAGUCAAAGCAAUGUAAAGCUUCGUUGAAGCACGGCUCCCUACAUUCGCCGCUCUCCGAUUCCUUCGGCUCUGGCUCCGUGAAAACCAAAAACGGUGACGCAUCUGCAAAACCUAGAAGUAGUAGUCGAAACAAUCACUCAAAAAGAUCCAUCGACAAAGAUGACGCUUUAGAAAUUAUAUCUUCGAAUUCGGAGACAGAAAACUAUCAGGAAGAUUGUGCUAGUCCAGAGUUGACUAUGAUUGAAGAUGAUUUGAAUUUGGAAGAGCUCAUGAAGCAGAAAGAGCUUCUGCAAGCUCGUUUGGUUGCUUAUUUUUCAGACAAAAGUGAUGAUGAAAGUUUCAGAGACUCUAAACAUAAGACUGACGGAUCCUUUAAUGAUAGGUCACCGUCGUACAGGCGGCAUAAGGACCGGGAGGAAUCGAAACGGAGCAGCAAACACAAAACCAGUAAAGAUAGGUCUUCGGAGCGUGAUAAGUACAAGGUGAAACGGCCGGAGGAAGAUCUGCGGGAAAUCAUAAACAGGGAGAAUCGAAAAGAAAUGGAGAAGAGGUUAGAGGAGCGAGAAUAUAGGGAGAGGAAAGAGAGGGAACGUCGUAAGUUGCAGGAGGCGGAGCGAGAGCGGGAGCGUGAGCGGGAGCGGGAGCGGGAGCGUGAGCGGGAGCGGGAAAAGAAACGGGAGAGGGAGAUCCGGGAGCGCGAGCGGGAGAGAGAGAGAGGAAGGGAGCGGGAGAGAGAGCGCAGGUCUUCGGAACUAAGGCGUAGAGAGCGGGAUAUGGCGCGGCAUCGAAGAUCCAGAGACCGGUCGGUGACGCGUAGGGACCGCCGGUUCUCCGACCGAGACCGCCGGUCGAUGGACCGUGGCCGAGAUCGGUACAGAGACCGGUCGCGGGACCGAAUCGGUAGGGGCGACCGGGACAGACGGCAGGACUCUACCAACGAGGUGGCCCAGAUAGUGCCGAGCUCCAGCGAUGAGGAGCUGGACAUCUCCGUCAACACUGAUGAUGACGAAGAGACGGAGCAGCAGAUCAUCGAGCGGCGGCGCCAGGAGAGGGAACAACUCAUGAAGAGACUAGGCGGUGACAAACAGAAUGCCAAUCAGGUGCAACAGAACCCCGUGCCAAUACCGCAGACCGAGUCUGCCACCACCAAGGGCUCACUCACUCCAGAAAUAAAGGUUUUCCGGGACACUCAGCCAGAAAAGAAGAUCGGAUCGCCUCCCAAAGAGCAGACGAGCGAAGCACUCAUAAAGAACAUAGAGAACGAAUCAAAGACAACCAUAAAGCUGGAGAAAUCCAAUAAAGGCAGUGAAUGGGACAUGUUCGCUGAUCAAGACAACUACAGUGUUGAUACUCCCACAGCUGGCAAACCGAAUAGCAAAACCGCUUUAGAGAAUCCAUCGCUUACAGACAAUUGGGAUGACGCCGAGGGCUACUAUAGGGUACGCAUCGGCGAGACGCUCGACAACCGGUACAGCGUGUACGGGUACACCGGGCAAGGCGUGUUCUCGAAUGUUGUGCGCGCGCGCGACCAGACGCGCAACAACACAGACGUCGCGGUCAAGAUCAUACGCAACAACGAGAUCAUGCACAAGACGGGUCUCCGUGAGCUGGAGAUCCUGAAGCGGCUUAACGACGCGGAUCCCGACGACAAGUUCCACUGCUUGCGGCUCUUCCGGCACUUCUUCCACAAGCGGCACUUGUGCAUGGUGCUCGAGCCCUUGUCUAUGAAUCUGCGAGAAGUCCUCAAGAAAUACGGCAAGAACAGCGGCAUUCACAUCAAGGCGGUGCGCUCCUACACUCAGCAGAUGCUGCUCGCGCUCAAACUGCUCAAGAAGACCGGGAUACUGCACGCUGACAUAAAGCCCGACAACAUCCUGGUGAAUGAUAGCAAGCUGAUGCUCAAACUCUGCGACUUCGGUGCAGCCUCACACGUCACAGACAACGAAAUCACCCCCUACCUAGUCUCCCGUUUCUACCGAGCUCCAGAAAUCAUCAUGGGGGUUCCCUAUGACCACGGCAUAGACAUGUGGUCCACGGCCUGCACAAUAUACGAACUGUCCACAGGAAAGAUCAUGUUCAGUGGCAAAUCCAACAACGAAAUGCUCAAGUAUUUCAUGGACCUCAAAGGAAAGUUCCCGAACAAAAUCAUAAAGAAAGGACAUUUCAAGGAGCAGCACUUCGAUACCAAUUGCAACUUCUUAUACCAUGAACUGGACAAAAUUACUGAAAGGGAAAAAAUUGUCAUCAUGUCCAGUAUAAAGCCGACAAGAGAUUUACAGACCGAACUAGCGCCGCCCCACCACCGACUACCGCCGGCCGAAGCCAAGAAGAUAUCGCAGCUGAAGGACCUUCUAGAACGAAUGUUAAUGCUGGACCCAGCCAAGCGGGCGUCCGUCAACCACUGCUUAGCCCAUCCCUUUAUACAAGAGAAGAUUUAGAUCAAAUCUAAUCUAAUCACAACAUUUCCUCCGCGAUUGUUUAGAGAUUCCAUUACAUAUUAAGAUGUCAAUACAAACGUACCUUUUUAUGACAGUUUUCACUCUUUGUGUGACGUCACAAACUUAUAGAGAUGCUAACCUAACACCGUUCCUUUUCUGUUUUAGGGCAUCAAUUUAAAACCAGGUUUUAUAUAGCGUUAAUUUGGUUCCUCUAUAAAAAGAAGUACUUUCACUUGAUUUAGAAACUACAAAAUUUUGACGUCACAAAUUAUAGUCUAGCAAAAUUAUUUUGACAUUUACACGUAUUCCACAUCGCCUGCGCCGAUUUUGGGGAGAUCCCGUGGAGGUUAGUUGAAUAGAAAGCAUGUUCUGUUAUAAUGGCAUAUAUUUAUUGACGUCAGUGAACAAAUCAGGUGUUAUUUUGUGUUCUAAAGUGCAAUGAAGUAACAAAUAUAAAAGGUUUGGUUGCCAUUUAUUUAAUUAGAUCAAAAUUAACAAAUUAAAUUAUUGCGGCGCGUGCGAUGCAGACAUUCACAGAAAGAAACAAAAGCUGUCAUAGAAACAAUCGUUUUUCCGUUUCAUUACAUUAUAGGUGUUAUGUGUGUUGUUAAAAGUAUCAAAAUGAAGCAUUCUAAAAUUGUUGAGGCUGGAAUUUCGGGUCACUGACCGAAAUCACAAAUCUGUACAUAAAUGUUUACACUGGUAGUUCAUAAGGCAACGAGUUGUGCUCAUUAGCAUGAUCAGCAUUGUUGACAGCACUGCGAAACGUAGGCCUCUGUACCCCAAGCACGGACAACUCGUAAUUCUAGAGCUGUACAUAUACAGGGUGAUUUUGUUAUCAGUUCGUUCGUUCGUUUCAGCCAAAUGACGUCCACUGCUGGACAAAGGCCUCCCCCAAGGUUUUCCACAAUGAACGGUCCUGCACUGCCCGUUAUCAGUAUCCAAAUGUUUUUAAUAAGUUCUAUAGAACAAUAUAACAAUACAACUUUCUUAAUUAUUCUUAAUCGCGGUAUUUUUCGCGAAAAAAAUUAUUGAAAAUUUAAUUCGCGGGUGCCCAUAUCUUAAUUUUUAAAGUUUAAGACUUAUUUUCGCGUACCAUUGUCUAUUAAUCUUUGUAGUUAACUGUGUAUACGUAUUUUUCAAUGAACGAAGCAAAUUAUCCACGCAGCGGAUAGAAAUAAUUAAAUACGAAAACAUAAAAAUGAUUUCUUUACGUAAAUCGAUUAAGUUACUGAUUCCGAGUCGCUCCUAAAAAAUAGGAUAAUGAUGACAAAAUCAACCUGUAGUUGUCAUGAUAACUACUGCCCUACUAUUAUGAGAGUUGUUCGAUUAUGCUUGGUAGACUGGCACUUUGGCUGGAGAAACUAACGCACUCAGCUAGUGUGAUGAUGAAGAUAAUUUCAUACAAUUUGAGUUUUUGUCAUGCGUAGGACCAUGCUACCACUCACACAAAAUACGCUGGCGUUUGUCAUUUGUAUAAAAACUUCACGUCGUACGCACUCUGCUGUGUGCCGGAAACUUUAAACUUAGUAGCGUACCUAAUAAAUUGAUAUUUCGUCGAAGCUUGUAGAUUGUAGAUAUUUCAAAUUGAUGUGAUAAUAAUUAGUUCAUAUUAAUCAUAUUUUGUUUAAUGAAUUUUAUAAAUGUGAAAUUAUAACAUACUAUCUUUCCGCCCGCGGCUUCGCCC